UGUAGUUAAGCUGAUCUAACUUUGUAGUGUAGACCAGCUCUAUAUCCCCUUGAAUCAAGAAUCCUGGCACAGGCCAGUCCUGUUAAUAUAGCGAUGAGAAGACCUCGGUACAGUCUGUGGGGUGUACAUCUGUCCCGGCCCCAUGUACUCCAUGAAAAACCAUUACAUGAUGCUGAGCAAUUACUAGUUUAUAUAAUAGUUGGGCCUAAUCAACAAGCAAAUUGGAAUGUUAAUAUUUUACACCCACUUCACUUGCAUUUGUAAAUGACUGCACAAAGAUGCAAGAUGGGGGGGGAAGGCACAAUGUAUUUAUGUUUAUUACGUGGCCAGUGUAAGACUGAUGAGUUCCUUAGCUUCAUUUCCUUGCUAUUCAAUGCUUCACCUUUCUAAAUGAUGUACAUGAUUGUCACGUAGCAAUUUUACCUGACUGAAACUUUUUUUCAGAGCAAUUUAGAGUCUGAAGUGGGCCAGCACUAGAGAGAGAAAGAAACAAACAGGCGUCUAGGUGCCAUCUUGUUUUUCACCAAACAUCUUUUCCAAACAGGAUCUUAUUUUAAAUAAAUGGACAUUCUUAUCAUAUUUAAAACUAAAUAGAGAAUGAAAGUUCUUUUCCUCCAGAACCAUUCCCUAAAUCCCUGAUCAAUGAGAGACACUUGUCAAUAAUUGCUCCGCACUGGACAAUAGCCUAGGACAGGUGAGAGAAGCCAUUUCUGCAGAGGGUGUCUUUCUGCCCUCAAAAGAUCCUGCCCUUAUGUCAGGGAAGGAGGAAAGGCAAGAGGAAGCAUUUUGCUGCCACGGUCACCUUCAUAUGUCAGAAGUUGCUACUCCAGCUUCAGGGCACAAGAAAAGGUGAGGGGAACCAAUUUAUGGCAGGAUUCCCUCUCAUCCAUCACCGAUUUCUACACCUGUGCCACAGAAUUAAAAGGAAACGCUUUCGAGGGAACACAAAAUGAUUCGUAGCUAAUUUCCGAUUUUGCUACCAACAGCAAAAUAUAUAGGGAGGCAAUUUUCUGACUCUACAUCACCCCCCUUACCCCAGCUGAUUCAGCCCAUUCAUUACAUUAAAGGAGGCGCAAUGUGACCUUUUUCCUGUACAUUUCACCAAGCAGAUGGAGAUUUCCACUUCAGUGUCCUCAGGCAAAACCAGAAGCAAACAAAUAAGCAAUAAACCCUCCCACAUGAUUUGCCUGGGACCAGGUUCUUGAAGAAUAAAAAUGUCAGACAAGCCGCCACUGCAGCAGCCACUGAAGUUGUUAAUUUCAGGUUUCCAGAGGGACGCGGGGCGGGGAGGAAGAGAACUAGAAACAGCUGAAUAACGUGAGAUGUUUCCCUGCAUGAUCCUAUUAGACCUUUACCGAGAGCCGCGGAGCACAGGGGAGUAUAGACGCAGGGGUUGUGCAGCAGAUCUUGCACAGCUGCUUUUUUGCUGUUGCUGUUUUUCUAGCCAAAGCGCGCACACACACACACCGGGAAGCCAACCAGGGAGGAGGAGGAGGAGGUGAUUGUCAUUUCAACGGGUUUGCAUUUCAGGUGUGUCUGUGAGUCUCGUCUUCUGCAUUAGGACCCAGGGAGAAUUGCUCUAUUCAGAGACCAAUGCGCCUGCGCCGUCUUGAAGUGUCCGGAGACCGGGCUGGCUGGACUGAGCCGCUAGUUCCCUGCUGGCACCCAGCCUCCAGCACCACCUGCGAGCUCAGGGCGGGCGGCCGUGGGGUUGGGGACUGAUCUCCGCGUCACCAGCACAAGCCACCCGAGGCAGCAGUGUGAGAGAGCCCGGCUGGAUCUCCUGCUGCUGCCUGAGCCGCGGGGGAUGGAGGAAUAAAGGGGCUCUACCACCGCUGCUAUUCCCCCCCCUUUGCAGUCCCUCCACCUACUGCAUAGGAGUAACCCCCCCCAAAGCUCAGCCGGGGAGCUGGAGCUCUGUGCGCAGCGCUGUCCAUUCAGCACUAAGCCCGGGCAGCCCCUGGGAAGCACCGCUCCGUGUGAUCCCUCCUUCAGCGGCAGAGCAAGGACAGGCAAAGCCAGCUUGCAGGUACCGGGGCGCCUGCCGCUGCCGGCAGGACUGCUGCAGAAUGUGAUGUGAAUCAACAAGGAGAGAGCCCAGAGGGGAAUCCCCUGCCGGAUCCGUCGCUUUUGUCUGGAUUCAAGAUCUGCAGUUGGGGAUUUUUUGUCCCCCUUCUGCUGCUUCUAUAUUUCAGUGGCUUCACCUUCGCCCCCAAAUAAUUAGGGAUUUUUGAGGGGGGGGUUACAAUCAGGAUCGCUGCGUCUUGACCUCCCCAACGGCAGGUACCUCUGCUUCUGUCUGUCUUUGAAGGACUUAAAGUCGAGAGAGAUUUAAAAAAAAACAACCCUUCAUCGAUAGAUCUGGUCUGUGGCUACGGCUGGGCGAUAGCCGCCCCCUCCAGCCCUCACUGUGUGUCUGUCUGCGAUCCCCUUAUACUCUCUCCCCCCCUCGUUUGUUUUUGCCACCAUCAUCAGCCCCCGCCCACUUCCCAACUAAGAGGUUCCUUGAACAGAUGUGCAGCACUGGAUUCUUUUUUGGCCACAUCUAACUAAGGAAAGAACCCCCCCUGCACCAUACCUAGGUACCUGGCAGACCUUUGCGACUGCUGUUCUUGUGGAGCCGGUGUUCUCUCCUCUCCAAACCCUGGCUUAAAAUAAAACAGCACAAGAGUUUUUAACUGCAAAUAAAAGGAAUCUUAGGACUGCCAGCAUUAAUUUUCAGGGGUGCCUUUGGGCAUGUAGCAUUUGGAAGAAGAGGCACAAGGGGCUGACACCAGCUGGGUGCCCUUUGCCUAGGUGAUUCCUGACCAGCUGGAUAAAUUAUCAGUUUAGGUAUCAAUUGCAGUCAAGAAGCCGCCCCCUUAUGUGCUUGCUGUGUGCUGUGCUUCCUUGCAUGAGUCUGCGACAUGCCUAAUAAGAGACGAGAUGGGCCAGGGCGACGAGAGCGAUCGCAUCGUGAUCAACGUGGGAGGGACUAGGCACCAGACUUACCGCAGCACCCUGCGCACCCUGCCCGGCACUCGGCUGGCCUGGAUCGCUGAGCCCGAUGCCCACAGCCACUUUGACUAUGACCCACGCACAGACGAGUUCUUUUUCGACCGGCACCCGGGCGUCUUUGCCCACAUCCUGAACUACUACCGCACAGGCAAGCUGCACUGCCCAGCGGAUGUGUGUGGGCCUCUGUAUGAGGAGGAGCUGGCCUUCUGGGGCAUUGAUGAGACUGAUGUGGAGCCCUGCUGCUGGAUGACUUACCGCCAGCACCGGGACGCCGAGGAGGCGCUUGACAGUUUUGGUGGGGCACCACUGGAUAGCAGUGCUGACGACGGAGAUGCAGAUGGCACCGGAGACUCCGGGGAUGGCGAGGAAGAGCUGGAGAUGACUAAACGCCUGGCACUCAGCGACUCACCAGAUGGCAGGUCCGGGGGCUUUUGGAGAAGGUGGCAACCCCGAAUCUGGGCACUUUUUGAGGACCCCUAUUCCUCCAGAUAUGCAAGGUACGUGGCAUUCGCCUCCCUCUUCUUCAUUCUGGUCUCCAUCACCACCUUCUGUCUCGAGACCCACGAGAGAUUUAAUCCCAUCGUGAACAAAACAGAGACUGAAUUCAUUGGCAAUGACACCCACGUGCGACACUACAGGGAAGCAGAGACCGAGGCCUUUCUGACCUACAUCGAAGGCGUCUGUGUGGUCUGGUUUACAUUUGAGUUCCUGAUGAGAAUCACUUUCUGCCCAAAUAAGGUGGAAUUUAUCAAAAACUCUUUGAACAUCAUUGACUUUGUGGCCAUUCUGCCUUUCUAUUUAGAGGUUGGACUCAGUGGCCUGUCUUCCAAAGCUGCUAAGGAUGUCCUGGGCUUCCUACGAGUAGUCCGGUUUGUGCGAAUUCUGCGAAUUUUCAAGCUGACCCGCCACUUUGUGGGGCUGCGGGUCCUGGGACAUACUCUCCGUGCCAGCACAAAUGAAUUCUUGCUGCUCAUCAUAUUCUUGGCAUUGGGCGUCUUAAUCUUUGCCACGAUGAUCUACUAUGCUGAGAGAAUAGGUGCUAAACCCAAUGAUCCUAGUGCCAGUAAACAUACACACUUUAAAAAUAUCCCCAUCGGCUUUUGGUGGGCUGUUGUCACCAUGACUACCCUGGGCUAUGGAGACAUGUAUCCUCAGACUUGGUCAGGCAUGCUGGUGGGGGCUCUCUGUGCUCUUGCAGGCGUGCUGACCAUUGCCAUGCCUGUCCCCGUCAUUGUGAACAAUUUCGGAAUGUAUUACUCCUUAGCUAUGGCUAAGCAGAAGCUACCAAAGAAAAAAAAGAAGCAUAUCCCGAGGCCACCCCAGCUGGGAUCCCCCAAUUAUUGUAAAUCUGUCAUAAACUCUCCACACCACAGUACUCAGAGCGACACAUGCCCACUGGCCCAAGAAGAAAUUUUAGAAAUUAACAGAGCAGAUUCGAAACUGAAUGGUGAGGUGGCCAAGGCGGCGCUGGCAAAUGAAGACUGUCCCCACAUAGACCAGGCUAUAACGCCUGAUGAGGGCCUGCCCUUUACCCGCUCUGGCACUCGGGAGAGAUAUGGACCCUGCUUCCUCUUAUCAACCGGGGAAUAUCCCUGCCCGCCUGAUGGAGGAAUAAGAAAGGGUUAUGAAAUGUCACGGAGCCUUAACAGCAUAGCUGGCAUAAGCGGAAAAGCGAUAGGAUUAUCCUCAGUGUCUGCGCCCUACAGCUCUCCUAGCCCAGUGAGACGUUCUUGGUCUCCCAUCCCAUCUAUUUUGUAGCAUGGAUCAGUAGCAGAGAAUGGUCUAAAAAGCUUUAUUUACAAUUAGCCUAUGCUAUGUUUCAUAUAAUCCAGGUGACUAAGUCUGAAGAUGUCAUGUCUCACAGUAGCACUUCGUGGGCAUGGUGUUACUACUGACAUUUGGUGACAACACCCUUAAAUAGUAUAAAGAUGACACUAGGUGGGCAUUAAAUAGUAGUGGUGGGCCAUAUGCUGCAUGGUAUUGGUCCAUAGGAUGAAGGGUGGAUGCACCAGAUAAUUUCUUUAAUGGUGCACCAUGCUGGUAUGUGCUUAUCUUGGCUAAUGGUGGAUCCACUGGCUCUUAUGGAAUGAGUUAGACAUUUAGUCAAUAAUGAAAUGUGCCAACGAUUGAAGAUUUUGAUUUUCUCAGGAUAUAUUUGAGCCAUAGGAACCCUGCAGGAGUUUGAGCAAACAAGCACAGUAGGAUGAAACUUUGCAUGGGCGCCUAUUAUAAGUUGAAAGCAAUACUCAGAAACACUGUAGAGAGGUCUCAGUCUGGCUGACUGCAUGGAAAAAAAUCCUGUUGAAGAAGAAUAUGGCUGCCUCUGCAUGUAGCUACUCUACCUUUUCCUCUUUCCUUUAAAACUAAAAUGCGAAGCUUGAUUUGAAAAGCGCAGGAAAGAAGCUCAAGUAUUGAUUGUAUUCUUUACAUGCAGAUCUUUGCAAAGAAAGUCCUGUCAUUGCUAAAUAUAUGCCAACAGAGGCAGUCAGAGUGACUUGACAAGGCGAGAUGGAGAUGAACAUUGAUGGCUAAUAAACAUCUGUGUGGAACUGUGCAGGCAUAGAAGACUUCCUCAUUUGGACAAAGUAAACUUGCUCCAUGCAGGUUUUAAGGAUGAUUCUAUGUGGUUUCAGAGUUGUACUAGAGAUGCAGGCUUUUUCUACGGCCAAAAUGUAACAAAACUGUAGAAGAUCUCUUCUUCCUUUCUUUUUUGUUUUGUUCAUAGCAUGAAUUGCAUGAAGUAAACAAAAACUGCAAUUGUAUGAUUAACUUUAAGGGGGGGGGGGAAGAAAGUUAUAUAUUUCCUUUGAAAGCUCUUUACUUUUACAUACAUUGUUGUAGCCAAAAUGUAAAACAUUAUAAAACUGUACAUUUCUUUGCUAUGGAUUGCUUCUUUUUGUAUACAAGAUACAGAGUAAUGGUUUUAAAUAGUGCAAUCAGGCAGUCAUCGGUCAUAUUGACCAUGCCUUCAUAAUUCAUCACACUGACAUGGAAAUCAAGAACUUUUAAUUCAACUAGAAUUGUGUAAAUUUAGGAAACUCCUUUUUUUCCUGUCUGUUUUCGUUGGCAUGCUUGUGACACAUGGGACCUUUCUUUGGACCUGAUGGUAACAGCUGGUCUAGAUUUAAUUUCCAGCUCUGGUUAUGUUGUAUUUUAUUGAUGUAUAGAUCCAACGUGAAGACCCUUCAUAACAAAUUGUUCAUAUUAAGUAAUCAGUAUGGAUUUGAAACAAAAAAAAGUGUUAUUUUAAAAUUGAAACAUAGUACAAAAAUCAGGAGAAUACUCAAGUAUAAACUUGUCUCAAAGUUUAAGAAACAAGACAACAGCAUUGUAUGCAAUUUAGUACUUCUGAGUAAAAUGCACGCAUAAUGUUAUGCAAAACAAUUCUAGCAUGAAAUAAAUUUUGUAUCAUGGUUUCAGUGCCUGCUGUACAGUGUAAAGCAGAAUUAUUUUCUGAAGUGAUCAGGGGUUUCCAGAGACUUGCAUCUGAAAUCUUGAAUAAAUAUAUAGUGUUCCCAACAGAAAUGCUGGAGAGAAGCUUGGUAUUGGUUUGAUUCUAAAAUGGUAAUUUUGGUUAGUGGAUAACAAACGAAGCCUGCAAAUACUUGAUACAACCUAUACAACCUGUGACAUUUUCACAGCACUAGUAAAUAUUACCAGGGAAGAUAAAAUCUAGAAUUAUUUAGGUAUCUCUUCAUCUCCCCCAAAAUAAUAAAAGUUUGUCUUUUUAGUAGAUGAAGUGAAUUCAGUUUUUCUUACUUCCGUGAGUCUGUCUUAACUUGUUCUUCACUGAGCCCUAAUAAUCCACCAGCUCUGAAACUUUGCAUGAGGUCCAGAGCUAAAGCACUGCAGGUGCUUAGUUAUGUCUUAGCUCUCAGAUAUAAAGGGCACCAGCA